AUGCACCACAGGAAGGCAAGCCAGGACUUACCAAAUGGGGCAGUGGUAUUGGCAGCGGGUGCCCCGAAACCUGUUGCAGCAGGCGCGGCACCAAAAGCUGGAGCGGUUGUUGCCCCGAACCCGGUGGUCGUAGCUCCGAAAGGGUUAGCUGGAGCUGCCGCCGUGGCACCAAAGGCAGGCGCGCUGGCAGCACCAAAGCCCCCAAACGCAGGAGCAGACUGCGGGGCGCCGAAGGCAGGGGCCGACGGAGCACCGAAGGCAGGGGCUGGUGUCAAGGUGGCACCAAAUGAUGGAGCCGUGCCAAGGCCAGCGCCAAAGGCAGGUUGCUGCGCUGGCUGGCCGAAGCCCGUGGUGCCUGCGAACGCCGCCAUCUUCCAUGCCGAGGCGGAUAUGCAGAUGGUGACGCAGAUGGCACGGCCGCUCCCAAAGCAGACGGUCGACAAGGGAAAAAUUUGGAGCAUAUUCAUUGGCGGGGCCGUGGUCCUGUUUGGCAUUACCAUUGUCGCGGAGAACAACGAGACCCUUUUCCCCGCUAUCACCCGGGCGAACAGGGCCUUCCGGAUGGCCGCCAAACAAAUCGAUGAGGAAGAGGAGCGGCAAAAAAAAGAAGAGGAGCUGCUGAGGCUGCGGCAGGCAGAAUACGAUGAAGAGCAGCGGCAGCUGGCACUGGUGCAGGAGGGUAUGCGGGAGGCGCGGGCCAAGGUGAUCGGGUCCAGCUCUUCCGCCGCGCAGCCGCAGCUAGCUUCCACGGCUGUGACGCCAGUAGCAGCAGCGCCUGCGGCAGCACCAUCCAAUGGGGCUGCCGCUGUGGCGUCUUCCAUGUCGCCGGGAUCGCACGGCGGGCCGGCGGAUCAAGUCAGCACCAGCACCACUGCUGGUGCUGACCCCUAUGUUGUCGUUAAUAAUACGGUUCCAGAUAUGGGCGCGGUAGCGUGGCCUGCGGCGGCGGCUGCGACAACGCCCGCACUUGCUAGCACGAGCGCCUGUGCCGAAGGGAUGGACGUGGCGGCGCCGACGCUUGCCGUAAAUGGUGCUGGUGAUGCGCAAUCCCUGCCGGCCACUGGUGCUGCACUAUCCGCGGAGGAGGACGCUGAAGCAAUGGCGAGGUUGGCACGACUACAGGGGUUCGUGUCAGGCGCGGUUGCAGGCAACAAAAGUGCGAUGGAAGCGUAUAAAGCACAACGGCAUGUGAACCUGCGCGAGGGUUCAUGUAAGCUGGGCAUCUGCUAUGAGCGUAGGUGCAGGGUUUGUAGGAUUGUUCAGCGGUACGGAAGUGCGCACUGGUGUGGUUUGAGCUGGGGUGUGGACGAAGCAGGUCACUCAAUGGGGCCGGUCACACUCAGAUGCAGUGUCUGGGCUCUCAUGAUUUGGGCUCUCAUGGCUAGCAGGGGGGCGGUGCUGAUCAUUCUGGUGCAACUGGGCUUGAAUGGCGGCUUGGAGGACGCGCAGCACCUCUACUCGAGGGCCGGGCAUUUAAACGACAGUAUUACUGCACCUGCCGCGUUGCUGUGCUACGGAUCACUGUGUCAGAAGUUGCAGGUGUCAAGUGCCAAGGAGCGGAUUUUGCACUUCUUUCCCUUUCCGUUCGCCUGGGGAUGCUUGCCACAUCAAAGCCUCUUGUUGGGGUCGCUGGACGUCUGCUGCCGCACACUGAUGCCGAGUAAAGACUGUAUCUCUGGGCCAUCCACACGCCAAGCGGCCGCCGCAGCAGUGAUUACUGCGCUGCCUUCGUCCCACUCUGUGAGAGUACGCUCCGUCGGUUUUGAGCUGCUCGAGUUCUAA